UCGUCCCUCGUUUUUGACGUUUUACCCUCCUCACACACGGCCUUUGAGGUCUUCCGCUUUAUCCCGUAUAUCGGCGCCGUUCGUUCUUUCUGCCUGCAACCACAUAUUUGCAGCUACAUCUCUCUCUUUCUUCCUCUCCUAUUCAAUCUAUCCGCUCUCUCUGUCCUCCCUCCAUCUCCUUGGUCCUUCAUCGAGAGCUUUUUGACGGCGAAUAAACACCGAUCGUGUCCAAAAAAACCAGCACCGCACUCCAUAUAGCCCUGUGGCCUUGACUCGACUACCUUGUCGACGCCAAAGGCCCUCAGACGACCCCGGUCAGCAAGAGCCGAGAAAUUUGCUCUAUUUCGAUUUUCUCUCUCUCUCUUCUCUCUCUACGUUAUUUUUCGCUCAACAAAACAUUCGCCAUGUAUGCAACACGGCUUAUCCAAGUGCUGGUCGCGGUGGUGUCCAUCCUGUGUGUGGUGCAGGCUACCUGGUGGGAUGUCCAAAAGGUUCACCACCGGGGCUUGAUUCGACGAGACGACAACCCCCUUAGUGGUAUUACCGGCGGCGGCGGCGGCGGCGGCGACUCAUCGAGCUCUGCAGGUGCAGAUCAAUCGACUCCUAGCAAAACAGCAGCUCCGGCGCAACAAUCUUCGAGCGCUGCGUCGCCGCCGGCGCAGCAGUCUCAGUCCUCAGCUGAUACGCCAUCAAGCUCCGCCGCCUCUCCAACAUCCGCCGCCCCAACCUCGGAUGCGCCCUCUUCAACUCCCAGCGCAGGAGACAGCAGCAGCUCUACACCUCCGCCUACACAAGCUGGGCCCACCUCUGCCAGCUCUAGCACUCCGUCCCCAACAGCAGAUUCUGGUUCCUCCACCACUCCUCCCCCGUCCCAGACCUCAUCUAGCCAGGGCAGCGAUGGCGACAGCAGCGCCGACAGCGGUAGCAGCAAGACUUCUGCUGGUGGCAAUGGCAACAACAACGCGGCGGCUCCCACUACAACACCGCCCCCCGUUUCGACCAAGGUUGAGGUUAUCGUCAAGACCGCCAGCGAUGGAUCCAAGACAACCGAGACUACCACAACAAGGACCACCCAGACCGCGGGCCUCAACGCAGAUAACUCCAAGGCUUCUUCAGGCAUGUCAGUGCAGACCCGCAACACCAUCAUUGGCGUUGUCGUCGGCGUUGGUGGUGCGGUCAUUCUGGGCGCUCUCGCACUUGUUGCUUUCCGGGUCUGGGGCCGCAAGAAGCAUGCUGAAGAGGCUGACGGCCUCAUGGCUUACGACGUCGACAUCAGUGCUGCAGAGAAGUCUCCCCGAGGUAGUUCAUCAGGUACCGGUCCUCGGAACCCAUUCCAGUCGACGUUGGAGAAUUAUCACCAGCCUGUAAACGCGUCGGCCAACUUUUAAGACGAUUUUCUUGCGGUGAGGCUGUUCUUUUUAUUACAGCUGUUGCGGCACACGAGUAUGGUUCACCCUAAUAAGCACGGGUUACGAUGUAUGUCGAGAAGAUUUUGACUGGUGAUGCUGCAAAAACACUUGUUUUUUUUUUAAUGGAAAACAGAGUGAAGGGUUUUUUUAAAAAAAGAAUUUCUUGAGCGAUGCUGCUAUGCGUUUAUGCGAGACUGUUUUCUGCAAACUGCAUGGCGAGCUCUUAUUAUUUUUCUGUCACUUGGCAUAUAGAAUCGAUGUUUGUUUUUUUCUGGAAAGAAAGCGAGAUACCUAACUAAUUACUCCAACCACUGAAUAUAUUCCUUUUUAUGUUA